CUCCCUUCUUCAUGGCGUCGCUCCUGUGCUGUGGGCCGAAGCUGGCCGCCUGCGGCAUCGUCCUCAGCGCCUGGGGAGUGAUCAUGUUGAUAAUGCUCGGAAUAUUUUUCAAUGUCCAUUCCGCUGUGUUGAUUGAGGACGUUCCCUUCACGGAGAAAGAUUUUGAGAAUGGCCCCCAGAACAUAUACAACCUUUAUGAGCAAGUCAGCUACAACUGUUUCAUCGCCGCGGGCCUCUACCUCCUCCUCGGGGGCUUC